AUGGGAUAUUAUCUUACUGAUGAUAUCUAUCCUCGUUGGACAACGAUUAUGAAAACAGUAUCUCAACCUGAAGGUUUAAAGAGACAACUAUUUGCAAGGAUGCAAGAGGCAUGUCAGAAGGAUGUCGAAAGGACAUUUGGAGUGCUUCAAGCACAUUUUAAUAUUGUUAAAGUUCCGGUGAGGGGUUGGAGUGAUGGGGAUCUGUACUACAUCAUGAAAAUGUGCAUUGUUUUGCACAAUAUGAUCAUUGAAGAUGGGUGUAAUAUUCUAGAAAAUGAACGCAGUACAGCACUACUAGAAACUGAUACCACUAAUACCCUAUGUCAAGUGUCACGUGAUCACCUGAAUUUUACUUCUGUGUUUAUGUUGGAUGAUGAGAAAGGAAAAGAGGGAGGGAGGAAACGGUUGGUUGAAGCUGACUUGGUAGCUUUGGCAGCUGCUAAGGUUGUGCCAUAUUUGACAAAAACUUUGACAUUUGCCAGAGAUAACAGCUGCCAAGACCUACCAUUAGAGGUGGCUUUCUAUGAACUGCUACCAUAA